AUGAUAUUGUGGUUUCAGCUACAUGGAAAGCGAGUUGGAAUUGUUGGAUUAGGAAGCAUUGGCAUGGAAGUAGCAAAAAGGUUAGAGGGAUUUGGAUGCAUUAUUUUGUAUCUCUCAAGGAAGAAAAAUCCCUUCGUUACAUACCCUUUUUAUUCAAACAUGCUUGAACUUGCAUCUACUAGUGAUGCAUUAGUUCUAUGUUGUCCACAAAAUGAACAAACAAGGCACAUUGUGAACAAGGAAGUGAUGUUGGCAUUGGGAAACAAAGGUGUUAUAGUCAAUGUAGGAAGAGGGUCCCUAAUUGAUGAGGUGGAGUUGGUGAAUUGUUUGAUGGAAGGACAUAUUGGUGGUGCUGGUUUGGAUGUGUUUGAGAAUGAGCCUAAUGUUCCUCAACAACUUUUAGCAAUGGACAAUGUGGUUUUGUCACCUCACAAUGCUGCAUUUACUACUGAAACAUACAUGGCUGCAACUCAACUUGUGGAAGAUAAUCUAGAAGCCUUCUUCUCCAAUAAGCCCUUAUUGACAAUAGUAAAAUUGGAAUGAAUAGCUUAUGGAAAAUGCUAAUGAGUGCUCCCAGACCACUCUUUAAGCAUCUUAAAUAGUAACUUAUAUGUGAAGUCAACACAUUGGGAAUUAAAAUAUUUCACUUUUUCAAUCAAUUAUUUCCUUAAAUGGAAUGUUUAAAGAGUACUCCAGGGACAUUCUUAGCAAGACCCAUAACUUAUUUAGG